AUAAGGUAGAGAGAAGAAUAUAUAAAAGAACAAAAGGGGGCACAGCUACUAUUGUCACCAAGGCAGAGGGAACAGCCAGCCCUGGGGUAAAACUCCCACUUUCUGUAGUCCCACUGUUGAAGAUAUAUAAGAACCACCAUGGGUGAUGCAGCAAUGGCAGACUUUGGGGCAGCUGCUCCCUACCUCCGCAAGUCAGAUAAGGAGCGUUUGGAGGCUCAGACCAGGAUCUUUGACAUCAAGACUGAAUGUUUCAUUCCUGACCCCCAAGAAGAAUUUGUGAAAGCCAAAAUCACAGGCCGUGAUGGGGGCAAAGUGACAGCAGAGACUGAGGCUGGCAAGACAGUCACUGUUAAAGAAGCAGACAUUUACCAGCAGAACCCUCCUAAGUUUGAUAAAAUUGAAGACAUGGCCAUGUUGACCUUCUUGCACGAGCCAGCUGUCCUCUAUAACCUCAAAGAGCGUUAUGCAGCUUGGAUGAUCUAUACAUACUCAGGUCUCUUCUGCGUGACAGUGAAUCCCUACAAGUGGCUGCCUGUGUACAAUGCAGAGGUUGUGUCUGCUUACCGUGGAAAGAAGAGGAGUGAAGCUCCACCUCAUAUCUUCUCCAUCUCUGAUAACGCUUAUCAGUACAUGCUAACAGAUCGUGAGAAUCAGUCUAUCCUGAUCACUGGAGAAUCUGGUGCCGGAAAGACUGUGAACACCAAACGUGUCAUCCAGUACUUUGCCAGUAUAGCGGCUAUUGGAGAUCGCAAAAAGGAUGCUGCCAGUGCCAACAAGGGAACUCUGGAAGAUCAAAUCAUCCAGGCCAACCCUGCCCUGGAAGCUUUUGGGAAUGCCAAAACACUGAGAAAUGACAACUCUUCUCGAUUUGGUAAAUUCAUCCGAAUUCACUUUGGUGCCUCUGGGAAGCUAGCUUCUGCUGACAUAGAAACCUAUCUCCUGGAGAAAUCCCGGUGCAUCUUCCAGUUGAAAUCUGAAAGAAAUUACCACAUUUUCUAUCAGAUUUUGUCCAAUAAAAAGCCAGAGCUUUUGGACAUGCUGCUGGUUACGAACAACCCUUAUGACUAUUCCUACAUCUCCCAAGGAGAAGUCAGUGUUGCCUCCAUUGAUGAUGCUGAGGAGCUCAUAGCUACAGAUAGUGCCUUUGACAUCCUGGGAUUUACUCCUGAGGAAAAGGCUGGUGUUUACAAGCUGACUGGAGCUAUCAUGCAUUCUGGGAACAUGAGGUUCAAACAGAAGCAGCGUGAGGAGCAGGCAGAGCCAGAAGGCACUGAGGAGGCUGAUAAAGCUGCCUACCUCAUGGGCCUCAAUUCUGCCGACCUGCUAAAGGGUUUAUGCCAUCCUCGUGUCAAGGUGGGAAAUGAGUAUGUCACCAAGGGACAGAAUGUCCAGCAGGUGCAUUACUCUAUUGGUGCUCUGGCCAAGUCAGUGUACGAGAAGAUGUUCCUGUGGAUGGUGGUCAGAAUUAACAGCACACUGGAGACCAAGCAGCCCAGGCAAUACUUCAUAGGAGUGCUGGAUAUUGCAGGAUUUGAGAUCUUUGAUUUUAACAGCUUUGAACAGCUCUGCAUUAACUUCACUAAUGAGAAGCUGCAGCAGUUCUUCAACCACCACAUGUUUGUGCUGGAGCAGGAAGAGUACAAGAAGGAAGGAAUUGAGUGGGAAUUUAUAGACUUUGGUAUGGAUCUCCAGGCCUGCAUAGACCUCAUUGAAAAGCCCAUGGGCAUCAUGUCCAUCUUGGAAGAAGAAUGCAUGUUCCCUAAGGCCAGCGACAUGACCUUUAAAGCCAAGCUGUAUGAUAACCACUUGGGAAAAUCCAAUAAUUUCCAGAAGCCCAGGAACAUCAAGGGGAAGCCUGAAGCUCACUUUGCCCUGGUGCACUAUGCUGGCACUGUGGACUAUAACAUCACUGGCUGGCUAGAGAAGAACAAAGACCCCUUGAAUGAGACCGUGGUAGGACUCUACCAGAAGUCUUCACUCAAGCUGCUGGCAAACCUGUUUUCUAACUAUGCAGGUUCAGAUGCAGAUAGUGGUAAAGGAAAAGGAGCAAAGAAGAAAGGUUCUUCCUUCCAGACAGUGUCUGCUCUGCACAGGGAAAAUCUCAACAAGCUAAUGACCAACCUGAAAACUACCCACCCUCACUUUGUCCGUUGCAUCAUUCCCAAUGAAAGGAAGGCUCCAGGAGAGAUGGACAAUCCUCUGGUGAUGCAUCAGCUGCGUUGUAAUGGUGUCCUGGAAGGUAUCAGAAUCUGCAGGAAGGGAUUCCCCAACCGCAUCCUUUAUGGCGACUUCAGACAACGAUACCGAAUUUUAAACCCUGCAGCCAUACCUGAAGGUCAAUUCAUAGACAGCAAGAAAGGAGCUGAAAAGCUUUUGGGGUCACUGGAGAUUGACCACACCCAGUACAAGUUUGGGCACACCAAGGUGUUCUUUAAGGCUGGUCUUCUGGGUCUCCUGGAGGAGAUGAGAGAUGAGCGUCUUUCCAGGAUCAUCACGAGAAUCCAAGCACAAUCCCGAGGAGUGCUUAUGAGAAGGGAGUUCAAGAAGAUUGUGGAACGCAGAGAUGCCCUCCUGGUGAUCCAGUGGAACAUUCGAGCCUUUAUGGGAGUCAAGAAUUGGCCUUGGAUGAAGCUUUACUUCAAGAUUAAGCCCUUACUGAAGAGUGCAGAAACUGAGAAAGAAAUGGCCAACAUGAAGGAGGAGUUCCAGAGGCUCAAAGAAGCACUAGAAAAGUCAGAUGCCAGACGUAAGGAGUUGGAGGAAAAGAUGGUUUCCCUGCUGCAAGAGAAGAAUGAUCUGCAGCUCCAAGUUCAAUCUGAACAAGACAAUCUGAAUGAUGCAGAGGAGCGAUGUGAGCAGUUGAUCAAGAACAAGAUCCAACUGGAGGCCAAGCUAAAGGAACAGACCGAAAGGCUUGAGGAUGAAGAAGAGAUGAACGCAGAGCUCACGGCCAAGAAGAGGAAGCUGGAGGACGAGUGCUCCGAGCUUAAGAAAGAUAUAGAUGACCUGGAGCUAACUCUGGCUAAAGUGGAGAAAGAGAAACAUGCCACAGAGAAUAAGGUCAAGAACCUGACUGAAGAGAUGGCUGGCCUGGAUGAAAUUAUUGCCAAACUAACCAAGGAAAAGAAGGCUCUCCAAGAGGCACACCAGCAGACUCUGGAUGACCUCCAGGCUGAAGAGGACAAGGUCAAUGUGUUAACUAAAGCCAAAGCCAAGCUGGAGCAACAAGUAGAUGAUCUGGAAGGAUCUCUGGAGCAAGAGAAGAAAAUUCGAAUGGAUCUGGAAAGAGCCAAGAGGAAGUUGGAAGGUGACCUUAAGCUGACUCAGGAGAAUGUAAUGGAUCUGGAAAAUGACAAGCAGCAGCUUGAGGAGAAACUGAAAAAGAAAGAAUUUGAGCUAAGCCAACAAAACACAAAGAUUGAGGAUGAGCAAGCCUUAGGAAUGCAGCUCCAGAAGAAGAUCAAAGAGCUUCAGGCUCGUAUUGAGGAACUAGAGGAAGAGCUGGAAGCUGAAAGAACCGCUCGAGCCAAAGUGGAGAAGCUUCGCUCAGACCUGUCACGAGAAUUGGAGGAGAUCAGUGAGCGUCUAGAGGAGGCUGGAGGAGCCACCUCUGUGCAGAUGGAGCUCAACAAAAAGAGAGAGGCUGAGUUCCUAAAACUCAGGAGGGAUUUGGAGGAAUCCACUUUGCAUUCAGAAGCCACAGCUGCCACACUUCGGAAGAAGCAUGCAGACUCUGUGGCAGAGCUAAGUGAACAGAUAGACAAUCUACAGAGAGUCAAGCAGAAGCUGGAGAAAGAGAAGAGUGAACUCAAACUAGAGCUAGAUGAUGUGGCAUCAAGCAUGGAGCAGGUGGUGAAAGCUAAGGCCAAUUUGGAGAAGAUGUGCCGUACAUUAGAGGACCAGAUGAAUGAGCACAGGACUAAGUAUGAAGAGACACAGAGAUCACUCAAUGAUUUCACCUCCCAGAAGGCAAAACUCCAAACAGAGAAUGGGGAAUUGUCUCGCCGACUGGAUGAAAAAGAGGCACUAGUGUCACAGAUGACUCGUGGAAAACAAACCUACACACAGCAGCUGGAAGAUCUUAAAAGGCAACUGGAAGAAGAAACAAAGGCUAAAAAUGCAUUGGCCCAUGCUCUGCAAUCUGCCCGCCAUGACUGUGACCUGUUACGGGAGCAGUAUGAAGAAGAGCAAGAAGCCAAAGCAGAGCUGCAGCGUGUGUUGUCUAAAGCCAACUCUGAGGUAGCUCAAUGGAGAACAAAGUAUGAGACCGAUGCCAUCCAAAGAACUGAAGAACUCGAGGAGGCCAAGAAGAAGCUGGCACAGAGACUGCAGGAGGCAGAGGAGGCUGUAGAAGCGGUGAAUGCCAAAUGCUCAUCCCUUGAGAAGACUAAACACCGUCUCCAAAAUGAGAUUGAGGACCUCAUGGUGGAUGUGGAAAGGUCAAACGCAGCAGCAGCCGCACUGGACAAAAAGCAGAGAAACUUUGACAAGAUUCUUGCCGAGUGGAAACAAAAGUUUGAGGAGUCUCAGACAGAACUGGAUUCAUCACAGAAAGAGUCUCGUUCUCUGAGCACUGAGCUCUUCAAGCUGAAGAACGCAUACGAAGAGUCUCUGGAACAUGUGGAGACUUUCAAGAGAGAAAACAAAAAUUUGCAGGAGGAAAUCUCAGACUUGACUGAACAGCUUGCUGAAGGUGGGAAGAGUAUCCAUGAACUGGAAAAGGUUAGGAAGCAGCUGGAGCAGGAGAAGAUGGAGCUACAGUCUGCACUAGAAGAGGCUGAGGCUUCAUUAGAGCAUGAAGAGGGCAAGAUCUUACGUACUCAGCUAGAGUUUAACCAGGUCAAGUCUGAGUUUGAGCGCAAACUGGCAGAAAAGGAUGAGGAAAUGGAGCAAACAAAGAGGAAUCAACAGCGUUUGGUAGAUUCAUUGCAGACUUCGCUGGAAGCUGAAACCAGGAGCCGUAAUGAGGCCCUUAGAAUUAAAAAGAAAAUGGAAGGAGAUCUGAAUGAAAUGGAGAUUCAGCUUAGUCAGGCCAAUCGUGCAGCAGCUGAAGCUCACAAGCACCUCAAAAUGGCACAAGGGACUCUCAAGGACACCCAAAUACAACUGGAUGACACUCUAAGAGCUAAUGAAGACCUUAAAGAGAACAUAGCAAUCGUUGAGAGGAGGAACAUCUUACUUCAGGCUGAGCUGGAGGAGCUGCGGUCCCUGGUGGAACAGACAGAGAGAGCGCGCAAACUUGCAGAGCAAGAAUUGAUAGAAACCAGUGAGAGAGUGCAACUCCUUCACUCUCAGAACACCAGCCUAAUAAACCAGAAGAAGAAGAUGGAGUCUGACCUUUCCCAACUGCAGACAGAGGUGGAGGAGGCAGUGCAGGAAUGUCGCAAUGCCGAGGAGAAGGCCAAAAAGGCCAUCACUGAUGCUGCCAUGAUGGCUGAGGAGUUAAAGAAAGAACAAGACACAAGUGCUCACCUGGAGAGGAUGAAGAAGAACAUGGAGCAAACAAUAAAGGACCUUCAGCAACGUCUGGACGAAGCAGAACAGAUCGCCAUGAAGGGAGGGAAGAAACAGCUGCAGAAACUGGAGGCUCGUGUCCGAGAACUGGAUAACGAGCUGGAAGCUGAGCAGAAGCGCAAUGUAGAGUCUGUGAAGGGAAUGAGAAAAUAUGAAAGACGCAUUAAGGAGCUUACUUACCAGACUGAAGAAGACAGGAAGAACUUGGCACGUCUUCAGGACCUCGUUGAUAAGCUGCAGCUUAAAGUGAAGGCUUAUAAGAGACAGGCAGAGGAGGCUGAGGAACAGGCUAACACCAACCUGUCCAAGUUCCGUAAGGUUCAGCAUGAGCUGGACGAGGCUGAGGAACGGGCGGACAUUGCAGAGUCCCAGGUUAACAAGCUGAGAGCAAAGAGCCGGGAUGUGGGAGGCAAGCAGAAACUUCUUGAUGAAGAGUAAAGAGGGUCCCUUCCUACAAGCCCUGAACACGUUAUUUAACUGUACAUAAACCUACUUCAAAUAAAGAUUGAGUGCAAAAAUUGCAUACCUCA